AUGAGUACCAGGAGGCAGGGAUUGUUGGCGGCCUGCCUGUCACACAGGGGCCUCAAAGCUAAGGAUUGCGUCCUCAGGGUAGAGGUGCUAAGUAGGAGUAUAGAGUGUCCCUGUGCCAAGUUUUGCAAGGACUGGAGCCUUGACAGGAAACAUGGAUCCGGCAAGCAUCACGGAUUUCAGACUCAGUUGGAAGCGCUGGUGAGGACCCUGACCUCGUACGAAGUGGUGACCCCCGCGCGGGUCAAUGAGUUCGGCGAAGUGUUCCCUCAGAGCCAUCACUUCAGUCGGAGGAAGCGCAGCUCAGAGGCGCCCGAGCCCCCGCCGUUCCGGACCCACUACCGAAUCAGCGCCUACGGGCAGCUGUUCCAGCUGAACCUGAGCGCGGACGCGGCCUUUCUGGCGGAGGGCUUCACCGAGGUGCACUUGGGGACCCCCGCGCGCGGGGCGGAGGAGAGCCGGGCGGUGUCCCCAGGCCUGCGCCACUGCUUCUACCGGGGCCAGGUCAAUGCUCGGGAGGAUCACAUAGCGGUCUUCAGCCUCUGUGGAGGCCUGAUGGGAACAUUUAAAGCACAUGAUGGUGAAUAUUUCUUAGAACCUUUAAUGAAGGCAGAUGGGAGUGAACAUGACGAUGAUCACAACAAGCCACAUCUUAUAUACAGACAGGAGUUAAAGAGGAACUAUUUUCUGCAUCCUCAUAAGCCUUGUGAUGUUUCAGAAAGUCAAAUAAAGAAAACCACUUUACCUUUUGAUAACUACAGCAACAUGAGUGAAGAUCUUAACAUGGAAGUAGUUUUAGGACACCCUUCAAAAAAUGUGUCACUGGAAAAUGAAAAAAGUCAAUUACAUUCCAGGAAAAAACGGUUUUUAUCAUAUCCAAGAUACGUGGAGGUUAUGGUGACAGCUGACGCUAAAAUGGUUCAUCAUCACGGUCCGAAUUUGCAGCACUAUGUACUGACUCUGAUAUCAAUUGUUGCAGCAAUCUACAAGGACUCAAGUAUUGGAAAUCUUAUAAACAUAGUUAUUGUAAAAUUAAUUGUAAUUCAUAAUGAACAGCACCACUACCCAUUGUUAAUUCACACCUUUGUUUCAGCAACUCUGAUGCCACCAGAAUAUUUACAUCCCAGGGAAGACAUUUGUGGAGCUAGAGAGAAAUGUGACACAUUAGGCUUGGCAGAAUUAGGCACCCUGUGCGAUCCUUUACGGAGCUGUUCUAUUAGUGAAGAAAAUGGUCUCAGCGCCGCCUUUACCAUAGCCCACGAGUUGGGGCACGUAUUUAAUGUUCCACAUGAUGAUAGUUUUAAAUGUAAGGAAUCUGGAAUUAAACAUCAAUAUCAUGUGAUGGCUCCAACUCUAAAUUACCACACAAGUCCUUGGACCUGGUCAAAAUGUAGUCAGAAAUAUAUCACUGAAUUUCUAGACACUGGUCAUGGGGACUGCCUCCUUGACAAACCAAAUGGGAGAAUAUAUGAUCUGUCCUCACAACUUCCUGGAUUAAUGUAUGAUGUAAACAAGCAGUGUGAACUUAUGUUUGGUCCUGGAUCACAAGUGUGUCCCUAUUUGAAACAGUGCAGGCGUCUCUGGUGCACCAGUGCAGAAGGAGUCCACAAGGGCUGCCGUACUCAGCACAUGCCACUGGCAGACGGAACCAACUGUGGUCCUGGGAUGCAUUGCCACCAUGGGCUGUGUGUAAACAAAGAAAUGGAAACACGUCCUGUAGAUGGUGAAUGGGGACCCUGGGGACCUUACAGUUCUUGUUCAAGAACAUGUGGAGGUGGAAUCAAAAGCACAACCAGGCUCUGUAAUCGCCCCGAGCCGAGAAACGGAGGCAAGUACUGUGUGGGCCGCAGGAUGAAAUUUCGAUCAUGUAAUACUGAUUCCUGUCCAAAAGGAAAGCAAGACUUCCGUGAGAAGCAGUGCUCUGAUUUUGAUGGUAAACAUUUCAACAUCAAUGGUCUUUCCCCUAACGUGAGAUGGCUUCCAAAGUACAGUGGGAUUGCCAUAAAAGAUCGCUGUAAACUCUACUGUCGGGUUGCUGGAACCACUAACUUCUACCAGUUGAAGGACAGGGUUGCCGAUGGUACCCCUUGUGGAACUGAAACUAACGACAUCUGUGUUCAAGGCCUGUGUCGGCAAGCUGGUUGUGACCAUGUGUUAAACUCCAAGGCCAGGAGAGACAAAUGUGGUGUGUGUGGUGGGGAUAAUUCAUCAUGCAGGACAAUGUCAGGAGUCUUCAACAGUGCUCAUUAUGGUUAUAAUGUUGUCGUAAAGAUUCCCGCAGGAGCAACCAACAUUGAUAUUCUUCAGCACAGCUAUUCUGGAACACCAGCAGAUGACAAUUACCUUGCAUUAUCUGACACUCAAGGGAACUUUCUUUUGAAUGGAAAUUUUGUUGUAAGUAUGGCAAAGAAAGAAAUCCAUGUACAAGGAGCCAUUUUUGAAUACAGUGGUUCAAACAGCUCAACCGAACGAAUCAACAGUACUGAUCGGCUAGAAGAAGAACUUGUUUUGCAGGUUUUGUGUGUGGGUAAUUUGUACAACCCUGAUGUACGUUAUUCCUUCAAUAUCCCUGUGGAAGAGAAGAGAGACCAGUUCACGUGGGACCCUUAUGGACCCUGGCAAGACUGUACCAGGAUGUGCCAAGGUCUUCAUAGAAGAAAAAUUGCCUGCAUACGUAAGAGUGAUCUUAUGGUGGUGCCUGAUCACAGAUGUGACCACCUACCACUUCCAUUGUUUGUGACUGAAAGAUGCAAUACAGACUGUGAACUAAGGUGGCACAUCAUCGGCAAAAGUGAAUGUUCAUCCCACUGUGGUCAAGGAUACAGGUCCUUGGACGUCCACUGCAUGAAGUAUUCCGUGCAUAAAGGACAGACUGUGCCAGUAGAUGACCACUACUGCAGUGACCAACUGAAACCUCCGACCAGAGAGCCCUGCCAUGGCGACUGCGUGUUAACAAGGUGGCAUUAUUCAGAAUGGUCCCAGUGCACAGCCACCUGUGGACAUGGGUAUCAGAUGCGUGCUGUGAAGUGUGUGGAUGAGCUGCUCAGUGCCGUGUUGGAUGACAGACUGUGCUAUGGAGCUAGUCGCCCCAGUGACAGGCAGGACUGCAUCAUGAUACCUUGCCCAGUUAUCCCUAAAACUGGGACCACUUCAUUACCAGCUGUUCCCAUGGGAAAGACAGCACAGUGGCGAUAUGGUUCUUGGACUCCAUGUUCUGCAUCUUGUGGAAGAGGCAACCAAGCCCGCUAUGUAAGCUGCCGUGAUGCUCAUGACGGAAUAGCAGAUGAAUCAUAUUGUGCACAUUUACCUCGACCUGCUGAAAUCUCCAUCUGUUUUAGCCCUUGUGGGGAGUGGCAAACAGGGGAUUGGUCACCUUGUUCAGCUUCCUGUGGCCAUGGAAAAACAAACCGGCAAGUUUUAUGCAUCAAGUACCAUCAGCCAAUUAAUGAGAAUCACUGUGACCCUGAAGUUCGCCCUUCAGCCGAACAGGAAUGCAAUGUGGCAGCCUGCCAGCCCUCGUACAGCAACUUUCCGAGUUCCUCUGAGCAGCCAAACCAUUUUCCAGGCAGGAAUUUUCCACUAACUCACAAACCAGAAGAUAAUGAAAAGUGGGGGGUCCAUCCAUCAAUCAGAGGAAACCAAUGGAGAACAGGACCAUGGGGUUCGUGCUCCAGCAGCUGUGCUGGCGGCGUUCAGCGUCGGGUUGUGGUCUGCCAGGAUGAAAACGGACAGAGUGCCCAUUACUGUGAUGUGGACGCCAAACCCCCUGAGGCAAAGCAUUGUGACACAGGACCCUGUCCACAGUGGAACUACGGGAGCUGGGGAGAAUGUACACAAACAUGUGGAGGAGGAAUAAAAUCAAGAUUUGUUAUAUGUCAAUUUCCCAACGGCCAAAUGUCACAGGAGCAAAACUGUGAAAUCUUGAACAAGCCACCUAGCGUGGCACAAUGUCAUGUUCAUGCUUGCCCUGAUGAUGUCUCAUGGCAUCGGGGACCAUGGAAUUCGUGUUCAGCUUCUUGUGGUAAAGGUUUAAAGUACCGUGAGGUGCUUUGUGUUGACCAAGUUCAAGGGAAAUUAGAAGAAAAAUACUGCAGUCAUCUCCGGAAACCUCGAACUCACAAAGCUUGUAGAUCUGGCAGGUGCCCUUCGUGGAAAGCCAAAAGAUGGAAGGAGUGCUCUGUGACCUGUGGCCUUGGAGUUGAGCAAAGGGAUGUGUACUGCCGACUGAGAGGCGUUGGUCCGGUGGCCGAAGAAAUGUGUGACCGGUCCACACGGCCUCAUUCGCAGAGGCAGUGCUGGCGCCAGGACUGCAUACAGUCCCAGUGGGUGGCAGGAGAGUGGUCGGAUUGUUUAACAUCAUGUAAAAUGAAGGAGACGCAUCGGCAAGUGCAGUGCAUUGACGCACAAAACAUUCAAGUGAAUGAAAGUUUCUGUGACCCUUCAACCAGACCUCUUUCCAUCAAAAAGUGCAAGAACCUUCCCUGCAAGUACAUUGUGGUAACAGGAGACUCAUCUCAGUGUGCUGGUAACUGUGGAUUUAGUUACCGACAAAGGAUUACAUAUUGCAUUGAGAUUCGGUCUACUGAUAGAUAUAAGCUCCAUCAGCUUUGGCCUAUAGACUAUCGAGAAUGCCCUGUGCUGCCUUCACCACAGACUUACAAAUGCAAUCUAAGGAGCUGUUUGCACAUGGCCACUUGGAAAGUUGGAAAAUGGAGCAAGUGCUCAGUGACUUGUGGAGUGGGGGUAAUGGAGAGAAGAGUGGAAUGCAUGGCUGAAAACGGUUGGUCCAGUGACUUAUGUUUAAAGCGUUUAAAGCCAGAUGCUCAAAAGAAAUGUUAUGUCAAUGACUGCAAAACAUUUACCAGCUGCAAAGAAAUCCAAGGGGAAAACAACAUUACCAAGGAUGGUGACUAUUACCUUAACAUUGAAGGAAGAAUAAUAAAGGUUUAUUGUGCAGAUAUGCACUUGGAAGACCCCAAGGAAUAUAUAUCAUUGGUCAAAGGUGAAGAAGACAACUUUUCUGAAGUGUAUGGUUUUAGACUACAAAAUCCAUACGAAUGUCCUUUUAAUGGAAGUAGGAGGCUAGACUGUGAAUGUACAAAUGACUACCUGGCUGCUGGACACACAGUUUUCAGCAAAAUAAGAAUUGAUCUCACUUCUAUGCAAAUUAAAACUACAGACCUUCUAUUUGCUCAGACAGUAUUUGGAAAAGCAGUUCCAUUUGCCACGGCUGGAGAUUGCUACAGUGCUGCCAGAUGCCCACAGAACCAGUACAGUAAAAUACUCUCUGGAACUGGGAUGAAGAUAUCCAGCACUGCCAAGUGGCUGGCUCAGGGCAGUUACGCCUCUGUCGUCAUCCACAGAUCACAAGAUGGAACCAAAGUCUACGGCAGAUGUGGAGGGUUUUGUGGAAAGUGUGUUCCUCACCUGACGACUGGCCUCCCAAUUCAAGUGAUCUGAGCAUUCAGAAGUGAGAAGUGUGUCCCAAAGAGGAGACAGUCUUUAAACCUGCAAAUAACCGGUGCUCAUUUCUUUCAUCUUCCCUUCCUGAGAUUUCCGUGUCCAAAAGGUCUGUGACUUUGUUUAGGGUGCUCACCAGGGAGUCAAAUCCCCACUUAAUUUUUUCAAGGCCUUCAACUUAAUAGGUAUAUAACUCUAAUCAGGAUAUUUUUUUAAAAAGUACUUAUUUAUGGUGGAAUAUGCAGGGAUGUCUGGAUGAAUUAUACCAAGAUAAUAUUGCAGUUAACAGCUUGGACUCGACCACAGUUAAACCUAUAGACAUACAUGUAAACCUCUACUCAGUAGUCUACUGUACAAUGAAAUGUUUGCUCUACUUGUUAAGUGGAAAAUGAACUUAUUUAAAACUACCAUAAACAUUAUUUCAUGUCAGGUGAAUAGUAGUAAAUCAAUAGUUACUUUGAAAAAGUACAUAGCCAUUAUACUUACUGAUACAGCAUAGAUACCUUGUUUUAUAUUCCUUUCAUUGUGAAUUAUGGUGCUUCAAAUUUUAAAAAUCCUAAAAAUGUAUGCUUGGGUUAAAUACUAAAUAACUUUUGUGGGUAUAAUACAAAAGAAGGUAUAAUAUAGCAUUUUAAAACACCUACCUCUAAUUUAAUGUGUACGCUCUCUAUGUCUUUAUAACUCUCACGUGUAUAUAUCUGCUCUUAAAAAUCUAUUUUCUCAAAGUUUAUACUGUAUUUUAUUAAACAAAUACAGAAGUGAGAACUAUUGAAAUUUUGAAGAUUCAAUAAAGAAAAUUAUUUUUACAUGUGCAAAAUUUUUAUUAGAGAUGUUCAUGUUAAGAGAUGUUCAUGUUAUUUUAUACCUAAGAUUUCUCAAAGCCAGAACAUAAAAGAUUGUAAAAAUUAACUAUCCUUGGACAAAUUCUCAGGUAUUAAAUUUUUUCAGGUGGAUAAUUGUGUAUUGUAUAAUAAUGUGGUUUUUAAACUAAUCAUAGAUAAAUAAUAUGUUAUAUGGAAACCUACUCUGUAAAACAAAACUGAAUCUACUCAUAGAAUUUUAUCAGUUAAUAAUAGAUUAAUUUUACCCACAAAGUUUUCCCCCAAACAUUUAUUAGAGGUAUAUUGUACCAUAUAAGGUACUGAAGCAAUUUUGUGCCAAUGUGGCUAAACAUUUAGGGAUCUCUGUAUCAGAAAUAAAGUAUUUUGCACUAUGUGCCUUAAAUCAGU